AUGACAGAAAGUAAUAUAGAUGAUGUCGAUGCUUUACUAGAAGCAUCUUUCAAUUCAAAGAAAGAUGAUAAUGGAACUGGUUCAAAUGGUACAUCGAAUGCUUCAGAUAAAGAAAUAAAGAAAUCUUCAUCCGAGAGAGAUUCAAAGGAGAAAGAAUCACGUGAUAAAGAUAGAGAUAGAGAUCGCGAUAGAGACAGGGACAGAGAUAGAGACCGCGAUAGAGAUAGAGAUCGCGACAGAGACAGAGACUACAGAGAUCGUGAUCGCGAUAGAAGAGACAGAGACCGUGAUUAUAGAGAUCGUGAUCGUGAUCGCGAUCGUGACAGAGACAGAGACUACAGGGAUCGUGAUCGUGAUCGUGACUAUAGAGAUCGUGAUAGAGAUCGCGAUAGAGACAGAGACAGAGACUACAGAGAUCGCGAUCGUGAUCGUGAUAGAUAUAGAGACCGUGAUAGAGACUACGAUCGCUACGGCAAUAGAAGUUCCUACGAGAGAGACCGAAGAAGUAGCAGUGGAAAAUACGAAAAAGAAAGUCGAUAUCCUGAGAAACCCUACGAUAAACCAAUUUCUCGACGAUCGCCAGAGAAACCGGCAGCAGCCGAACCCGUACUCCCGGAGAUCUCACCGGAGGAACAAGAGGAAUCCGACUCGAGAACAGUGUUUGUAUCAAAACUAUCACCUAAAAUUACUGAAAAUGACCUUUACGAAUUCUUUGCACAAGCAGGAAAAGUACUCAAAGUUAGUUUGGUAAUCGAUAAAAUAACUAAAAGAUUAAAAGGAGUUGGGUAUGUAGAGUUUUCAGAAAGAGAGAUGGUCGAAAAAGCAGUUCUACUUACAGGUCAAAAAGUACUCAAUCAAUCGAUAUUAGUACAUGGUAUUCAUUCUGAAAAGAAAGCAACUCCUGUUACAAAAAUACCAGUACAUACAAAUAAUAGUAGAUUAUAUGUAGGAUAUUUAAAUCUCUCGAUUACAGAGGAUCAAAUCAGAACGAUAUUCUCACAGCACGGUGAUUUGGAAUUUGUAAAGUUGCAUGUUAAGCCUGGUCUAUAUAAGUAUGCGUUCGUCCAGUUCAAAGCGUCAGAGUCUGCACAAAAGGCACUCGAUGCACUCAACGGUGUUGAGGUGAUGGGUAAGAACUUAAAGGUUGUCUUUGUCAAUGAGAACGGUACCAACAAAGAUCUCAGUCAAUCAAACAUGAACAACCCCAACAACAUCCACAACAACAACAAUCAUCAUCAUCAAAGAAACAUGCAUUUCCAACAAAACAACCAAAACAAUCUAAACAACCAGAACAAUCAAAACAACAUUGCCAGAGUAAUGCAACAAGUAUAUCAUCAACCAAUGGGUUCAUUAGAUGAAGAAGAUGGAAGUAUUCCUUUGACACCUCAAGCACAAUCGAUUUUGUCGGCCAAGCUAAUGGGUAUACCAAUUGCAAGCAAUGGAGCACACAAUGUAGCCGCUGCCAAUGUUCUGGCAAAUACAGUUUACAAUCAGAUUCCACCGGCACCGCCUGUAACCAUCACCAGUACCUGUAUUGUGUUGAAGAAUAUGUUUGAUCCAGACACUGAAACCGGUGACGACUGGGACAAGGAGAUCGAGCGAGACGUCGAGUUGGAGUGUUCUACUUACGGUAAUGUUAAACAUAUAUUUUUAGAUAAGAACAGCCAAGGCUAUAUUUAUCUUUGUUACGAUUCAAUUGAAGGUGCCUCGACUGCCAUCAACAAGCUAAACAGACGUUGGUUCGCCGGAAAGAUGCUAUCAGCCGAAUCCAUUCCCGAGAACAUCUAUUUCGCAAAGUUCCCAGUUGCCAAAGCUCAAUAG